UGAUUCAACAGUGAAUAUUCAACCCUCCUACAGCUAUACUUUUUCAUCGACCCAUUCUUUGCAUGUCGUAUGGGGAUACAAAUUCCAUUUUAAGUUUUGACAUAAAAAAUGCUUCUUUUUGGAAUAAUAUGGAUAUUUCUACUCGAAAAAACUUUGUGUUUUGUAAAUUCAAUUACUACAGUACCACAAUAUUGCGCUGAUAUCUCGGCGGACGACUGUUCCAAAAUCGAUUGUAGCUGGUCAGAGGCGAAGAAAUUUUGUCCAAAGAAAUGUGGAGCAUGUCGCAUUUGUGAGGAUACAAAGACAGACUGCACGUUUUUGAAAGAAAAUAAUUUAUGUACAUCCCACCAAUUUCUGCAAAUAGCAGCCAAGAGCUGCCCAGAAAGCUGCAACUUUUGUACUCCUUGCCACGAUACCCACCAUAUGCAAUUUUGCGCAGGACUAAAGAGGUAUUGUAACUCGCAAACUACCGUAGCGGUCGCAUGUGAGAAAACAUGUAACAGAUGCAAACCAUACAAUAUGACAGAAAUCAUUGAAAAGUUUGGAGGUUACCAAAUACAAACAACGAUUUCAUCAACAACGAUUGCAUCAACAACGAUUGCAUCAACAACGGCGUCAUCAACAACGUUUACAACAACGUCAGGCACAACGGUCACAGGUAUUUGUGAGGAUACUAAGACAGACUGCACGUUUUUGAAAGAAAAUAAUUUAUGUACAUCCCACCAAUUUCUUCAGAUAGCAGCCAAGAGCUGUCCCGGAAGUUGCAACUUUUGUACUCCGUGCCACGAUACUCUAGGUAUGGACGUUUGCGCAGGACUAAAAAGUUAUUGUAACGAGCGUACUUCCGUUGCGGACGCAUGUAGGAAAACAUGUAACAGAUGUAAACCAUACAAUAUGACAGAAAUCAUUGAAAAGUUUGGAGGUAACCAAAUACAAACAACGAUUGCAUCAACAACGGCGGCAUCAACAACGGCGUCAUCAACAGCGUUUACAACAGCGUCAGGCACAACGGCCACAGCAAUGGUCACAAACUCAGCCGGUCCGUGUUCGGAUAACGAGGUGCCGGGAUUUAGUUGUGCAGAAUGGAAGGGACUCGGGAUCUGUUCUAGCACAUCCGGAAGUGAAAGUAUAAUUGCAAAAGAAAGAUGCCAGAAGACGUGCGGAUUCUGUAGUUAAAUCAAUAGGGGUCAUCAUUUGAUAUAUGUGAUGUCAGCCAAAUUAAAACUUUAAAUUGUCAAUUCUACAUUAAUAUUUUGAAUAAACAAAUGUUUAAUAACUUG